UCAUACACAACCUGCAUAUGCUCUAAACCAGUAAACCCACCCCCAAGAUCAUAUCUCAUCUUGAACAACCACCACUCCUAGCCAUCGUCGUCGGUCUUAGCCACCUCCGCCACCUCCGCCUCUUUCCGUCGGCGCCACACCUGAUUCUAUUUCGAUUUGUUAGGUUUACAUAAAUUUUGAGGACGACUCCAUUUGUUGUCUUGCUACGCUAAGCUAAGGUAAUCAGGGAUAAUAUGGGGAAUCGGUAAUGAGAGAUUAAUGGAUGUUCAAGAGUAUCUAAAGACUCUUUAUUUUGUUAAAUCAUGUACUUUUAGAUGAACUUAAGACUUAGGGUAUUUUGAGAUGUGUAUGUCACCUUGAAUCCUAUCUUAUAUUAAGUGGAUGUGUUUUGGUUAUGAUAUUUGUAAUAGUGACGCUCCGACCUGCCCCGGGUUGGGGUGUUACAGUUAUGGUAUCAGAGCCAAGGCUCCUUCCUGUAGAAAACUUAAACCUUAAUAACCAAACACGUGAGGUAAUGGGUAGACAUCGGGUUAGGAUUCCUCUUUGCCAUUUUUCCGCUUAAUGAAAAAUCUCAAUGCUCAUCUGAAAGUCUUCUUUUCAGAUGGCUCCUAAAAGACGUGUGAACACUCGUCGUAGUGGGACUAAUACCUCAGACGACACUCCUCUUGAGGCUCUUGUUGCUAACGCCGUCAAUACAGCUAUUGCGGGUUUAGUUCCUAACUUAUUACAGCAGUUACAACAAAUGAAUCAUGGAGGUAACCAUAAUGGACCACCACCAGGAGGUAACCAUAAUGGACCACCACCAGGAGGUAACCACGACAGGCCACCUCUCGGAAAUAAUGUUAACCCUCCUGUUAGCAUCCAUCAAUGGCUUGCACACUUCCAAAAACAAAAGCCAAAAUCAUUUAGUACUGCUACUACACCAGUUGAGGCGGAAAACUGGAUCGCUCAUAUCGAGAAAUUGUUUGAAGUGUUGGGCGUUGAUGAUGUGUUCAAAGUCAGGCUUGCUACUUACAAAUUGGAGGACGAUGCUCAUAGGUGGUGGAAGAUUUUGAAAAGUUCUCAUGGAGGAGAUAAUUACGCAGCUACACUCUCAUGGGAUGAGUUUCGCUCAUUGUUCUAUCAGCAGUAUUUCACUGAUGCUGAUCGUAGUGAAUAUCUGAGAGAGUAUUCAUCCAUCAUGUAGAGAAAUGAUGAGCCUAUCAUGGAAUUUAAGAAUCGUUUCUGUCGCUUGGUUAGUUUUCUAGGCCCCGUCGCUGGCACGAUAGAGCAGCAGACGAACACUUUCAAGUGGGCUAUAUGUGACCGGGAUAGGAAGUUUAUCCUGAAUCUUCGUUUCAAUGACAUUAAUGAGAUUGUUGACGCGGUUAAGAACUUGGAUAAUGAUAAGAAGCAUCGUCAGAAGGCGUUUGAUGAUAACCGCAAACGCUCAAGGGAAAAUAAUCAGGAUCACUCUUCUUUUCGUGCUGGAAACGAUCAGUCCUUGGCACCCCGAGACUGUAAACAUCGUUCUGAUAAGAAUUUCAACAAUCAGUCAUGAAAUGGGGGGAAUCAAAAUCAAAAUCAUAAGCCUGCACAGAACCAGACACAACAGAAACAGGCCCCCAUUAGAGCACAACCACUGAAUCAACAAAAGCCACAACUGAAUCGUGAUCCUCCUUGCGCCACUUGCGGGAAACCUCACAAAGGUAUUUGUCGUCGAGCUGAAGGUCUUUGUUUCAAAUGUGGAGAUGCAGGACACAUGAUUAAAGCUUGCCCUCAGCUUGCCCCUAAAGCCAAUACCGGGGGUAAUGCUAGACCUCCUGUGGGAGGACGUGUGUUCGCGCUGACAGCUGAUGACGCAUCAAAUGCUCCAGGUACGGUUCCCGGUUAUUUACGCAUUGGUGAACGUGAUAUCUAUGCCUUGUUUGAUACUGGUGCAACACAUUCUGUGGUAUCUCUCUUAUUUGCUAAGCACUUGAUGACUAUGCCUACUAUUUUAGAAUACCCUUUAGUGAUAUCUACUCCCUUAAGAAAUUCUACUAUCAUCUCUCAUCUUUAUCGAGAUUGUCCGAUCCAAAUCGCGUCCAUUAUUCGUCCCGCAAAUUUGUAUCCCAUUCAGAUGAAUGACUUCGAUGUUAUUCUUGGCAUGGACUGGCUCUCUCGGCAUAACGUCUCGAUUGAAUGUCAGACUCGCCGCAUUCUUUUUGGAAAUCCUCAGCGUCCUGAAUUCAUUUAUCAAGGGACUCAACCUCGUAAGCCAUUGA